UCCACUAGCCAUGAGUAGAGCACACAACAAUAUUCCCAAGAUUCCCUUUCUUGAAUCUUGCUCUAGAUACCACUCUGUUGGGCCUCUGUUUUCAACCCACGUGCAAGCCCACUUGCCACUAUCACAAACUCUUUCUCUCACGCCAAAAGAUGAAAAUAUCUUUUCUGCAGGUGCCUUCUUUAAGCUUCCCGCACUCACCGAGCCUCUGCUACCACCACAGCUGCUUCUCCUACUACUGCGUCAGCUACGUUCCUUCUCCACCUCUUUUACUGUAAGCCACGUACGUUUCUGCUCACAGGUUACUCAUCCACACCUUUUCCUCCUUGCAGGACACACACCUGCUCUGUAAUCAUAGAGAAUGAAAGAAGAAAAAACCCUUUUACAAUUAGAGAGAAGAAAAACAUCAUCAUGGUUGAUCAGGUUCAGCACCCUAGAGUGAUGGAGAAGGUUGCAUGUCAGCUCCAUCUUCGCACUGGUCUUCCACUGUACCAGCAGAGGCGAUCUUUCCAGAACUACUCCAAUGCUGCUCUCUCAUUCCAGAAACACUCCAAUGCAGCAUUUCAGUAUCCAAUGGCACCACAAUGCAGAGGCGCAAUCGAUCUCUCUGCCGUUGCACCAUUCUCACCUGUGUUCGUUGCAGCUCCUGCUGAAAAGGGAAACUUCCUCAUCGACUUUCUCAUGGGUGGAGUUUCCGCUGCCGUCUCCAAAACCGCCGCUGCCCCCAUUGAACGCGUCAAGCUCUUGAUCCAGAACCAGGAUGAGAUGAUCAAAGCCGGUAGACUCUCUGAACCCUAUAAAGGUAUCGGUGACUGCUUCAAGAGGACAAUCAAUGAAGAAGGCUUCGGUUCCCUAUGGAGAGGUAACACCGCAAAUGUCAUCCGUUAUUUCCCUACCCAGGCACUGAACUUUGCAUUCAAGGACUACUUCAAGAGGCUUUUCAACUUCAAGAAGGACAAGGAUGGAUACUGGAAAUGGUUUGCUGGUAACUUGGCCUCAGGAGGUGCUGCUGGUGCCUCAUCCCUGCUUUUUGUCUACUCUCUUGACUACGCUCGUACCCGUCUCGCAAACGAUGCCAAGGCUGCAAAGAAGGGUGGAGAAAGACAAUUCAAUGGCCUCGUUGAUGUUUACAAGAAGACACUAGCUUCUGAUGGCGUUGCCGGUCUCUACCGUGGCUUCAACAUUUCCUGCGUCGGAAUCAUCGUCUAUCGCGGCCUCUACUUCGGAAUGUACGAUUCCCUCAAACCGGUUCUCUUAACCGGCUCUCUCCAGGAUAGCUUUUUCGCUAGCUUUGCUCUAGGAUGGUUAAUCACCAAUGGUGCUGGUUUAGCUUCGUACCCAAUUGAUACAGUGAGGAGAAGGAUGAUGAUGACAUCUGGGGAAGCUGUGAAGUACAAGAGCUCCAUGCAUGCAUUCACACAGAUCCUUCAGAACGAGGGUGCCAAGUCCUUGUUCAAGGGUGCAGGUGCCAACAUUCUUCGUGCUGUUGCUGGUGCUGGUGUGCUUGCUGGUUAUGACAAGUUGCAGGUCAUUGUCUUUGGCAAGAAGUAUGGCUCUGGUGGAGCUUGAUUUCUUCACCACUGAUUUUGAUUUAGAUUAGAUGAUCAUGAAAAUCAUUGAGCCUGUGCUUUGCUCAAUGCAGUUUUGUCCCAAUUUCCCAGUUUGUUUUUUUUUUUUUUAAUUUUGAUCGAAGUUUGAUCUUGUUUUUUGUUUAUUUAUUUUACUUCUGAGUGACACUGUCACUUUCAAUUCUAUUAAAUACUGCUAAAUGUUUUGUUUCAGAGAGU